GGUGUCAGUAACUCAGCGACAGGAAUCUCUGUUUUUCCGAUGCAGCGGUAGCGCCGUGUCCUUCACAACAGCAAACAUGGCGACGGCUACCAAAAUCAUUCAGAGGAUCCGAAAUUAUUUAUCAGGGCAUGACCUGCAAGCCAAGCUGCAGCUCCGGUAUGGCGAGAUAGCAAAGAGGACCCAGCCACCACCCAAACUGCCAGUGGGUCCCAGCCACAAGUAUGCCAACAACUACUAUUACACCAGAGACGGGCGCAGGGAGUCAGCUCCUGCCACAGUCGUCAUGUCUUCACAGAAGGCCCUCCCUGCUGGCAGCCAAGUUCCUGAAGUCGCAGCAAAGCGUCCAGUGACCCCUGGUGCUGCGUACAAGGAACUACCGCUCUCCACCGACCAGCCAUACCUGUGAACAGCAGCAGCCCGCAAGCAACACCAACGUUUCCCCUACAUCAGUGGUCUGACCACAGCACACUGAAAGAUGCUGCAGUCUAUCUUGAUUUAACUCUGUAUAAUAGAAAUUGUUAAUAAAAUGUAUUAUGCGUGAACGUC